UACAUCAUCAUGUCUCCUCCCUCCCUCCUCCACCCCAUCCCUGUCUUCGCAUCAAAGUCGAGUGGCUGGUUUUAUUAUUAAAAGAGAACGGGACAAAAUGCGGGGCUGUGCGAGCGGGAGUGCCAUGUAUUAACAACAAAUGGGGAUGGGGGCGGGGAGGGGGAAAUGGGAGAGAGAGAAAAGCAGCAGAUCCCGGUGAUGUGAGUGCUUUGGUGCUUGUUAUUUUUUUUUUGAAACGUAAAAGCAAGAUUUGUUAUUUUUUUUAUUGGGUUCUCUCUCCUUAUUUAUUCACCCCCCUCCUCCUCCCUUCCCCAAUGCUUAUUUGAAGAUGUCAUGGCAGAAGCGGAGGCAACGACUCCCUACGAGGAAUACGAGUGCAAGAUUUGCUACAAUUAUUUUGACCUGGACCGCAGGGCGCCCAAGAUAUUGGAGUGCCUCCACACCUUCUGCGAGGAGUGCCUGACCACACUGCACGUUAGGGAGGAGCGGCCAUGGAGGAUCGACUGCCCCAUUUGCCGACACAGGACGGCCGUGCCCGACUACAUGAUCCACAACCUGCCCAACAACACCAAGGUCACCGAGGCUUUCCCCCUGUACGUGGGCAACGACCCGCUACCCCAGGACGCGCUGCCCCCGACGCCUCAGUUGCACCGAUACAACCAGCGGCAGCAGCAGCAGCAGCAGCAGCAACAGCAGCAACUACGGUCCGGCGCCGCUGAGCAGCCCGAGUUAGCCACCCCUUCGGCGGCCGCCAGCAGCCGCCACUCCCCGGGACCCUCGGUUCCCUACGAGAGCUGCCAGAACUGCAAGAGAGCCGCCCUGACCGCCGGCUGCGUUUGCGUGGUCUUCUCGUUCCUCUCCAUGGUGGUGCUGCUCUUCACCGGCCUGAUCUUCGUCAACCACUACAACAGCUCUCCCUCGCCCAUCGGCCCCAUCUGCCUGUCUGUAGCCAGCAUCCUCGCCCUGUUCUCCGUCGUUGUCACAUGGAUCAUAUGCUGGCUCAAGUAUCGCCCCGACGCCAACGCGCAGGGAAACAUCAGGGCGCCCUCCUCCUCCUCCUCCUCUGCACCCAGGAGAAACACAUAGUCAAUAUACGGCUGGAGACGAGGCCGCACUAUCUACCCCCUCACCCCCACCCCCAAAAAUGACCCUUCGGGGAACAAAGCCCCGUUUUAUCCCGACCAGCUGCAUGUCGAAGUCAGACAAGACGAGCCAACACUGACAUAACUCCCCCCUUCUCCCCGACGCAUCACACGUUAAACCUAAAGUAUUUACAAUGACUGGUGUUUAGCUUGUGGGUGAGAUAACUAGAUGUAUCCCACUGGCCGGCUAUGCUUGUACUAAUAAUGGAUAUUACCUGCGAUGUAUUGUGUUGCCGUGUACAUUUCCCCCAAUUGUACCACAAGUGAAACGUGCAUCAUUAGAUUUUGAGGAUGGCGGAAUAUUAAUAUAUGUGCAGUUAGCAAGAAAAAAAAACACGGACAGACGUGGUUGUUUAAAGUCACGAAGUUGUGGGGAUUGGUUUCGUGGUCUGUAAGGGCAAAAGGUUGCGUGGUGGGAUUAGUUUGGUUUUUGUUUGACCAUAAUAUAAUACCAUAAUAAUGGUCAUACUUUGACCUCAAGACGACUUCAUUGACGGUGCAAUCGUACGUUUUUUCUAACUGGAGACCAGCUACAGACUAAUCAGAACUAAUCAGGCUGAAGGGCCUGUUUCCACGCUGUCAGACUCUGACUCUAUAACGUUGCAAAGACCUGUACAAUGUUUUAUAAGUAGAUCUGCAGUUCAAUGGAUUUGAGUCAAAUGGUGAAAUGUGGUUGCAAAUAUCUCCAAAGGCCAUACAUGUCAUUGAUGUUAGGAGCAGAACAGUUCCUGUGCACUAGUCACAAGUAUUAUUUUGAUUUAUGCUAAAUACAUAGCAUUUAAAUUCUAUACAUCUUCUCACCAGACCGGCUAUAAAUGUGUAAUGAUGUUAGUCAUCAUGAGCCUUAAAUGUGUACAGUAGAGAAACGUAACUGGAACUAUUGUGGACAAAAUGGAAGUUUAAGUGUAUGUUUGCAGCGGUUUUAAAACACCCCGGGUGGAUUUAAGUUAAAGAGAAAGAAUGCAGAAACAAAUGAAGGACAUUUUAAGUCAUGAACCACGUUUCAUAGACACAACAAGUCUACGGAAGCAAUCUCGGUCCUGUAUUACGCUGGUAUAAUGCAUCUGGGUGCUUAGAGAAGGAAGGAUGGCCAUUUACCACGUAAAGAGGCUCUGUCAGAAUUCCCGGCAUAAUAAUAUGGCCUCGAGGAUCUGCAAUUUUUAUUUCGAAGUUGAGAUUUGUAGUGUGUGUCUAGUGUGGACCACUUUGCUGAUUUUUGGGGGGGGAUGGAGCAACAAAAAACAUGGGAAAGAAAACUGAAGUUGGAAAACUAAAGUGGGAUGAUGCCGAUUUAAAAAAAAAUCUUCUACACACUGAUGCAUCAGUCUUUGGAAUCUGGGCAAAUGUCGAACAAUAAAUGGAGGCAAACUCGUGCCUGAAUGUG